CAUCAGUGAUAAGGAUUUUUACGAUAAAUUUCAAAAAGCUAUGCAAAUAAAUCUCAAUUCUGUGGUCUAUUUAACGCAUAUAUGUGUCGAGCAUUUGGAGAAAACAAAGGGAAAUGUUAUCAACAUCUCGAGUAUCGCUGCCAUGCGAGCUAUGUCUGGUUUCAGUCCCUAUAGUGUGGCGAAGUGUGCGGUGGAUAUGUUCACCAAAUGUAUGGCCGCGGAGUUGGGACCCAAACGUAUCCGCGUUAAUGUCAUCAACCCUGGUCCAAUUCGCACUGAAUUUGGGGUAGCAAUGGGUAUACCACAGGAAGUCUCGGAUAAAUUAUUGGACGCGUAUACAAAUCUGACCAUGGUAGGUCGGGUAGGUGUGUCCGAGGACGUGGGCGACUCCAUACUAUACCUAGCCAGUGACCAUGCUGCAUUUGUAACCGGCACCAAUCUGAUCGUGGACGGGGGUGUUGUUGCGGCUAAUAAUAUGAAUUCAAAUGCUCUUAAAGACUUGAUUGACCAUGCUGCUUUUGUCACGGGCACUAACCUGGUGUCAGAUGGGGGACAGACCUCCGCUAAUGCUCUGAAUGCUGACAUUCUUAAGGAUGUGCUCUAA